GAAAGAAAGAGAAAAAGAAAGAGAAGAGAGAGAGAGAGUGAAGACCAGAGAUUCUGAAAUGGAAAGGCUGACAACUUCACAGCCCAAAAUACCACCGUUUGACCACGAAGUGCAAGGAAUGGAAUUUUCUCAUAUGUUUAUUUAUAAAUCCAAACGAGGAUUAAAGAGAAACGAGGACAGUAAGGAGACCUAUAAGUUGCCCCAUCGGCUGAUUGAGAAGAAGAGGCGAGAUAGAAUAAAUGAAUGUAUUGCACAGCUGAAAGAUAUGCUUCCAGAGCACCUUAAAUUGACGACUCUGGGACACUUGGAGAAAGCGGUUGUGCUUGAGCUUACCUUGAAGCACGUCAAGGCAUUGAGCAGUCUGAUCGAACAACAACAGCAGAAAAUCCUCGCCCUGCAGAACGGAAUACAGAUCGGCGAACAGAUGGUCCAAGCCCCCGAGACGGGCCACAACCUCUUCCAGUCUGGCUUCCAGACGUGCGCCAAGGAGGUCCUGCAGUACUUGGCCAAGCACGAGAACAGCCGAGACGUGAAGCCGUCCCAUUUGAUCAGCCACCUCCAGAGCGUGGGGGCCGAGCUGCUCCCGGGCGAAUACCUCAACGUUAACGUCCCCGCGUCCGGCAGGCUCCCCGAGGAAGACUACCGAGCCAAGGCCCUGAGCAGGGCCGAGGGCCACGGCAAGAACUGCGUGCCCGUCAUCCAGAGGACCUGCCCGGCCGCGGGCGGGGAGCAGAGCGGGAGCGACACCGACACCGACAGCGGGUACGGAGGGGAACCCGACAAGGGCGACUCCAAACACGAGCUGGAGCGAGCCGGCGGCGAGAGGGACGGGAAGCUCAAGCACCCGCUGACCGAGCGCAUGAUCUCCAUCAAACGGGAAUACGAGGAGCCGCUGCUGAAGAAGCCCAGGAUGGAGCCUUGCGAGGACGACAUGCGAGUCGUCACCGGGGAUCUGAGCGGGGGCGGUUUCCUGGCUCACCACCCGCCCCCUCUCUGCCUGCCUUUUUACCUGCUGCCCCCCUCCGCCGCUGCCGCCUACAUGCCCAUGCUGGAGAAGUGCUGGUAUCCCACCUCGAUGCCCGUCUUGUACCCCGGUAUUUCGGGACCGGCCGCUCUGACGGGAUUGAUGAGCCCGGAUAAACUCUCUCCCCUGCUCAUGCCCCCGCGGCCCGCCUCCCCCAUCUCCGCCUCCCCCGCCAUGGACACGUCGGCCCUGAUCCAGGCUCUCAAACACGUGCCCUCGUUGGCUGCGGAAACCAAAGACUGAAGACGGAAUCCUCGCAAAGGGGCGUUCCCGGGGAACAAACUCUUACACAGUGCGUUUACAAUGAGAGACAGAGAGACCGAGAGAGAGAAAAAGUCGUCGUAAUUUAAAACGGGACACGAUUUCCCCCUCCCACCUCCACAAA